GACACGGCCGCCGCUGGAUGCUGUCACACGCACGUACACACGCACACACACACACACACACAAGCGCGCACGGAUCAGAAACCAGCAGCGACGAGACGGCGCGCAACAGCAUCGGCCCGAGCCAGCAGUCUGCCGGCAAACAUCCGCGAGCGAGCGCGCGUGCACCACGAACCGCACGACGCACACGCGCGUACUCUCCCGUACACGUUAUACGCGCGCGAGCGAUUGCGGGGCGCGCGCGCGCGCGUGUUGGUUUUUCCGCGUUUCCCGCCGUUUUAACUGCCGAACUUCCGCACCGGUUUCGCCGUUGUUAAGUGUGCGCGAAUAUCACCACACACACACACACACACACUGCUACUCCGUGUCAUCGCCGUUAUGAGCGCUACGUGACCGGGGCCACACGAUUACCUCCGCCGAAACUCGGAAAGCCCAAAUAUCAUGGAUGAAUUUCAUCCGUUCAUAGAGGCAUUGCUGCCCAACGUCAAAGCGUUCUCGUACACGUGGUUCAACCUGCAGGCCGCUAAACGCAAGUAUUUCAAAAAACACGAGAAACGGAUGUCACUCGAAGAGGAGAGACGGUGCAAGGAAGAGCUGAUGAACGAAAAACCCGAGGUGAAACAGAAAUGGGCGUCUCGGCUUUUAGGAAAGCUUCGGAAAGACAUAACUCAGGAAUGCCGGGAGGAUUUUGUGCUGAGCAUAACUGGCAAAAAACCGGCUAUGUGCGUGCUGUCCAAUCCCGACCAAAAGGGCAAAAUGCGGCGCAUCGAUUGUCUCCGACAAGCCGAUAAGGUAUGGCGGCUAGAUCUUGUCAUGGUGAUACUGUUUAAAGCGAUCCCUCUCGAAAGCACGGAUGGAGAACGGUUGGAAAAGUCACCGGAAUGCACACACCCCAGCCUGUGCGUGAAUCCUUACCACAUCAAUGUGUCCGUCCGUGAGUUGGACUUGUACUUAGCCAAUUACAUCAAUAGUCACGAAGUCUUAAGUGGAAUAUAUGACAACAACAAUGAAAAAGGCUAUUCGCACAACCCCUAUAACGGUGUGGUAUGCAACGAUAACAUUUUAGCGACCGGAGUUUUUUCGUCCAAAGAACUUUGGAAGCUUUCCAAAGCGUCUAUAAUUCAGAAUCCAAACGGUAUGCCACCCAUGAACAUUAUCAAAAUCGAAAACCCAGGGUAUUAUUGCAGCAGCUUCACCCCGCCAGGCGACCAUUCAUCUAUCAUGGCAUCUGGCAGUUAUAGCCCGAUGUCGAUCCAGAGGACACAAAGCCCGUUAAACGAGCCCAGAAUCAAACGAAUGCGGAGAAUGAGCUCUGCGGAAGACACAGAAAUCGAUUUAGGCGGCCAAAGGGAUAAAUCCAGUUCGGAGAUCACAUAUUAUGGCCAAAGUCCAGCAUCCCUAUCUAGUCAAACCAGUUGGCACUCUGACAUCGAUCAUGGUAUUCCUGGCCAACACUCAGGAAGCAUAGCAUCCUUAGCGUCUGCCAACUAUUACGGUUCGGCGACAUCGGGACCAGAACAACACAGUCCAGCCAAGUACCCAGAGAAUGGGCAUGAUACGCUUUCGGACUUUGUCACAUUUGUGUGUCAAGAAGCGGAGAGCUCUCAAGGCGCACAGGGAUGGGCCUAUGGAAAUCAGGCGGGACCCACGCGGAGUCCUAAAAUGGCACAAUAUUAUCCGAGCACCAUGCUACCACCUCCCCCUCCACCGCCUAUGGCGCGGCCAGUAGCUAUCAUUCGAUCUACAGGUGAGCUGACCAUUGCUCCGUCUAACUCGCCACCGACUUCCAACACGCCACCGAUGGGCGGCGGAGGUGGCGGUGAUGGAUCGCCGGGUGGCGGAAGAGAUUCCGAUCAAAGUCCACCGCCGAUGAGUGGUCAACUAUCCGAGUCACAGCUGUCCGGCGGCGGCCGGAGCGUGGUGACCGGCGGCAGCCCGUUUACCGUGUCUACCAACCGCGAUUACCAUUUCUCGCACAUACAACACGGCCAGUUGUUCAGCUAUUCGAACAUUGGCACCGUGAACACCGUAACCGGAGUGAUAAGCCCCACCAACCUGAGCCUGCUAUCCAACCCGGGCGGCAGUCCAUCGUCGUCUUCGGGCGGUGGCAACGGCGGCGGCAGUAGGUCUCGUGGACACUCCCAGACGACGUUGCCGCGUUGGAAUACGCAAUGCUCGUCCGGACCGCCAUUCAUCACACUUGACGAGGACUACAUGAUGACGCCACUGAUGUCCGGUAACGGCGGACAAGGCAAUGGUGCCACACUGAUUGACGAUGACAGAUACUUUAAUAGUGUAGUUCACCAGACGGACGGUAUGGAUAGGAUGGACACAAGUGAAUCUCAACACAUCCAAUCGUCGAAUUCAGGUGGUCGGAACACCCCGAACUCGGUUGACGGACAAGACAACAUAAGCAAACCGCAGACGUAGCCAAUACAUUUAUGGAAAUCGAAUAUUCGUAUUAUAUAAUAUAGGCAAUUCAUUCUAGUUAAUUAUAUUAUAAUUAUUAUUAUUAUUAUUAUUAUUAUUAUUAUUAUUAUUAUUAUUACUACUAUUAUGGACAUUUUCAUACGUGUAAAAUAAAUAUCUUAUAUUACAAUUUAAAUAAAUUUAAAACAAAAUAAAACCGAACGAACAACUGUAUUGUUGUUGAUGUAGUCAAUAAGGAUAAUUUAUAAAAUAAAGUGUAUUGCUUUACUGUUUUUAUAAGUCACGAAUACAGUUAUAUUAAUUAAAUCCAUUGUUUUUUUAACUAGGCUA